UACGCCACCCUUUUCCAGCCUUCUCUGAGCUCUCUCCUCCGCAAGUGGGCACAGUGCCACUGCGAGCUCUCCCUCUCCCCCCACCUCCCUGAUCUGGUCGCACCAGUCUCCACCAGCAGCCCUUCCCUUCGCACGCACCUCCGAAACCCUAGACCCGCCCCGCGAGUCGGGAGUUGCUUCGCCGCCAGCCGCCAUGGACCCGGCCCCGGCGGUCGCUGCGGAGCUCUGGCGCCCGCCGCACCUCGCCGCGGGCGGCGGCCGAGCUGUGGAGGCCACCUCCGCCGUCACGGAGAAGAGCAGCGGCGGCCGCGGGGGAGGCGGCGCCGGUCGGAGGAGGCAGAGGGAGACCCCAGCGUCCGAGGACGACUCGUCCCGGAUCGUCUCCACUUCCGGCGGCGGCGGCGGUCAGGAUUUGACAGAUUCAGGAGCAAAACGUUUCAAAACAAAUAAAUCCAAUGAUAAUAAUGGCAACGUUAGAACGGAGGCUGAAACUGACUCAAGAAGUGCUGCCAAGGCUGUUAGUAAAAACCCUCCAGCACCAGAGCCACCGAAACAAGAUUACAUUCAUGUCAGGGCAAGAAGGGGCCAAGCAACUGACAGUCAUAGUCUUGCAGAAAGGGCGCGGCGUGAGAAAAUAAGCGAACGGAUGAAAGUUCUCCAAGAUCUUGUCCCUGGAUGCAACAAGGUUAUUGGGAAAGCAUCAGUACUUGACGAGAUAAUUAAUUACAUCCAGUCUUUGCAAUGCCAAGUUGAGUUCUUGUCAAUGAAGCUUGAGGCGGUUAAUGCCCAUGCGAGCAAUGGAGUUGAAGCAUUUUCAACCAAAGAUUUUGCUUCACAGACUUAUAGCACAGCUCCUGGGCUUACAUUUGAUACCCAAACCCCAAGAGAAUAUGGGCAUGGCACAUCGACCUCGGAAUGGCUUCACAUGCAGAUCGGCGGUGCCUAUGAAAGGGUAUCAUGAACAAGAUGAAUCCAGAGUAGCAUUCUAAUAAAGUGAACCAUGAUCAAUCGAACCCAUGGUUCUAGAUAAUUUUUUUUUGAAACCGUCAUGUUCCAAACGCAGUUUUAUUCAUGCUUGGAGCUGUAAUGCAGUGGGGGACAUGUAUUUUGAGGACUACAAUUUUCGUUUUCCCAUCUGAAUCUCGACGAAGUUUCUCCUAUUCAUGUGUUCCAUGGAAUUUCUAUAGAUCGGCGUAAGUUUGUAAGACGGAUGAAUAAUUCAGUCUUUUCUCCUCUUCUGGGAGCACCAGUUUCCUAUGUAA